UCUGUCUUCUUCCCGAUCCUUCCUACCGAAAAGCCCCCAAGCCACCGACUUUCUCCCCUUGAAAAACCCGGUGAAGGCCUCUUGAAAUUUCCCUCCUUUCUUGCUCAAAAAACCAAGUUGCAGGCCUAGAACACUCUCCUAAACCCAGAAAUUUUCCAGAUCUGCGCUGUCCUCUUCCCCUCUGUCCGCCGGCCUCUGCUGUGUGGGGUUGGGUUCGGUUUUCUGGUAAGAUUCAGCCAUGAAUUCCUCUCUUUAACUUUGAUUUAGCUUGGGUUAACUUUGGUUCUCCAAUUUUUGGCUAGUCCGUAAGUUCCCCUGCAGCUUGCCACCGGCUUCUUCUUCUCCCUGCAGCUCCGGUUUUAGCUGGAAAAUUCUGGUUCCCGAUCGUUCUAUCAGUUAGCACCGUGAAUUGAGCCUUUGGUUUUAAGCAAGUGAGGUAGUAUGACCCGAGACACGGAAACCACGGGAAGUGACGAGUUAGAAGGCUAGCCAUUUCGAGAUUGAUAUAGAUUUUAGAAAUAAAUCAUGUUUUUUUGUAAGAUAGAUUUUACCUUGUGAUUUUAAGUUUAAGUCAUGUUGGACAUAGAUUUAUGGAAUAGAGUUUGGGAUUUGAAUAAGUUCCGAACCUUGUGCGUUCGAGUGCACGGCGUCUGUCGCGUCUCGGAUUUGGGUUCUGAGACGUGACAUGUAACCAUCCAUAUAUAUUGAGAUGUUGCUUUCUUAGUUCCUAUCAGGUCUGAAUGGUGCAUUCAUAAGUCAUAUAUUGGAUAUGAACUUUGCAAAGUAUGCACAUUGCUUGGCACCCAAAAUUAAAUUGUCUGUUGUUUAUGGUGCUUUAAAGAGAGGGAGAAUA